GUUUGCCCCGUGUUAAAAUUUGUAAAAUAUUUACACUUCGCCUUCAACGUGUUAAAGGAGUGAAAUAAGGAGUUGCCAGAGGUCUUCACCCGCAAUCAAAGCCAUACAACACGAUGUCUCUAGAAACGUUGCCUCUUGAAAUAUUGGGCAUCAUAGUCAGGAAACUAGACACAAAGUCUGCAUAUAACUUGUAUGAAGCGUGUCAACAUGCGAGAGAUGCGAUCAGUGUCCCUGGAACGAUAAAGGAAUGCCAAUUUUCACUAAACACUUUGGCUACAGCCCAGUCUUUACGAUCCCACUUCUUCUUGGACAUUGCAAGCAAUUUGAAAGUCUUGAAUCUGAGUGGUGUCCACGACCUGACAAAAACAUCCCUCAAGCAAGCAGUGAGAAAGCUCAAUAAUUUGACUUCUCUCGAUGUAAGCUACACAAAUAUAGUGUUACCAGAUUAUAUUGAUAUUUAUAAAAUGUUGCCGGAAUUGAAAAGCUUAGCAAUCAAUUAUGACUUUGGGGACGAAUGGAAUCUUAGUGAAGAAUUAUUUAAUGUUUACCAGGACUCAUUCAAGAAUCUGAAAAACAUUCAUUUUGUUGGUGCGCCAUUUGAUUUGUUGUCAUUAGAUCUCCCGUUGUGGCUGCUGGACAAGGCCGAUAUUGACUGUCUAACAUUGACAAUGAUUCCUGAGGGAGCCUCCAUACCCUAUCAACAAUUUAAGAAACAUGAUUUAUCUGUUUUGGAAAGGAUAUCAUGUCUGAAAUUGUUUUUCAUGCCACUCCUUAGCGACAAUUUUAAUGCAAGCACUAUAUCCAAACAUUUUGACAUUAUUAAUUACGAGGUGUUAGUAUUACAAAGGCCAGUGCCUGACUUAUUACUUGCUACUCCAUUAUUACAAACAUGCAUUGAAAAAAAAAUCCAAAAAAUGGUGUGUCCUUUGAAAAAUUUGAAACCAUUCUUUUGUGGAGAUGUUGCCUUUAUGUUCUGGAAUAAAAAGAGCACUCGCUUCGAUGAUGAGUUUUUCUCGAGACUUACAUCUGUGGUUAAUGAUUACAUGCCUUACCGUUUUAAUUCUGGUGUGCAACGGGAGCGACCAUCAGUACCGUCCGUCCAUAAAUCCUAUUUGGUUGAACAAUAUUUUCUAGACAUCAAAAGUAAUGAGAUUUGUGAAAUGCCAUUGAAUCAGAGAGGAAAAACAAAUCGUCAAGCACUGCCGUGUUUUGUUUUAAAUUACGACGAAGAAUUCAAGAAUGAAGAAAAAGACAUAAAUUUAGAAGUACACUUUAAAUUGCCUUAUCGUCAACCAGUGGCAGUAACUCUUAAUAAUUGUGACUUUGUGAAGAAAUUGACACACUUGACUCUGUGCGGCAAUGUUCUCUACACUCCACAGUUUUUUAAAGUAUUGUUUGAGAAUGCAAAAUCUAUGGAAACAUUUGAGAUAACCCAUUUGCGCGGGAGCUUUUUGGUUUUGUCACUCCUAAAGUACAUGCCUAAAUGUAAAUCAUUGAAAAACUUUUUCUUGAACACUAAAAUUUCACAAUAUGGCUCACUGUAUAAAAUUCUUAGUGAUUGUAUAAAUUUAGAAAACAUAUAUUUGGUAAAUCCGGCUAAGGCUAUAGUAGAUUUUCCGAAUCCCAAAUAUUUGUUUAGUAAGUGUGUAAAUCUGUACAGCUUCACUUUACAGACAGACAUGUUUGAGACAGAGAGGGAGAAGACAUUAACGUUGUACGAACGCGUGAGAUGUGAAGUCGGUAAACCAGCUCUUAACAUUAGAAUUUCGCAGUACACUGACUAUAGCGAGAGUACAUACAGUCUGUUUUCUUGUGUGUACAAUGAGUUCAGAUUAAAACCAAAUAAGUUAAUAAAUGUUUAG